AAUUAUUUGAAAAAUGGUGAAAGAAACCGGUUAUUAUGACCUGUUGGGAGUCAAACCCAAUGCCACGCCUGAUGAAUUGAAGAAGGCCUACAGAAAAUUGGCCCUGAAAUAUCAUCCAGACAAAAACCCAAAUGAGGGUGAAAAAUUCAAAGCAAUUUCUCAGGCCUACGAGGUAUUGUCCGACCCCGAUAAACGUUCCAUUUAUGACGAGGGUGGCGAAGCUGCUAUCAAGAAGGGCGGUGCCGACACCGGAGAUUUCCGCAAUCCCAUGGACUUCUUUGAGAAAUUCUUCGGUGGUGGUUUCACAUCGGGCCGUCGUCGUGAACGCCGCGGCAAAGAUGUUGUUCAUCAAAUGUCUGUCCAAUUGGAGGAAUUGUACAAUGGAGCAACACGCAAAUUGGCCCUGCAAAAGAAUGUCAUCUGUGACAAAUGCGAGGGCCGCGGUGGCAGGAAAGGAGCUAUUGAAAAGUGUAUGCAAUGUAAUGGUGCCGGUUUGGAAUCACGCAUCCAACAAAUCGGCCCCGGUUUGGUCCAACACAUCGAACAGGUUUGUCGCAAGUGUGCCGGUUCUGGUGAGAUGAUUUCGGAGAAGGAUCGUUGCAAACAGUGUAACGGCCGAAAGACAGUGCGCGAACGUAAAGUUCUCGAAGUGCACAUUGAAAAGGGUAUGCGUGACGGCCAGAAGAUUGUAUUCAGCGGCGAAGGUGACCAUGAACCCGACUCCCAGCCCGGCGAUAUUAUUAUUUUACUGGACGAGAAAGAACAUCAGACCUUCGUUCACGCUGGCACAGACUUAAUGAUGAAGAUGCCCAUUCAAUUGGUAGAGGCUUUGUGCGGUUUCAGUAGGGUGAUCAAGACACUAGAUGAUCGUGAUUUAGUUAUCACAUCACCUCCAGGCGAAGUUAUAAAACAUGAAAUGACGAAGUGUAUAAUGGAUGAGGGUAUGCCCCUGUACAAGAAUCCACUUGAAAAGGGUCGCCUCAUCAUCCAAUUUGAAGUGAUCUUCCCCGAAUCAAUUCCAGUUUCUAUUAUUCCCGCUUUGGAGCAAUGUUUGCCACCUAGACCAGAAGUAACCAUUCCAAUAGAUGCUGAACAAGUCACAUUGUCUGAAUUUGAUCCUAAGCAACGCCGGGAUCAGCAUCAUCAUCGCAUGGCGUACGAAGAAGAUGAUCGCUAUGAGGAAGGACCCAGAGUACAGCAAUGUUCCUCAAGUUAAGAAGCAUGUGUAACUAAUUAUAAAACGGCGAAUCCAGCUUAUAAACAAACUACUCCCACAAAAAUACA